GAAUGUUUUUAUGGAAUGAAAAGAAUGGAAUGAAAUGUCCAAUUUUAGUUCAAACUUAGUUGUUAAGCAAAUAAAUCUCUAAAAACUUAAUGCUACGAAAGAACUAAGAAUGUAUUCUGUUGUGAUUGAUGUACACCGAAACAUUUUAUCAGCUCAAUGCUCUGUUAAAUGUAAUCUUCAGAAUACGGAGAUAAAUUAUAUAAAAGUUACGUGCACAAAAACUCAUUUAUCCGUUCAAUUUUGUAAUAGUUGUCAACUACUCCAUGAUGUUAAGAUUUUAACACCCGAAAAUUUUUUAAUUCCGUCAUCAGUGUUGGUACAUGAUAAUUUGUUUAAGGAAAUUGACCUAAACAAUGACAUUUUAACUAUUUCUCGAUACUGUCAUAAUUCAGAUCUUACAAUAACCAAUGGGCUUCUCGAAAUUGAUUCAUCACAAAAUAGUGCAGAAAAGAUUAGUAACCGUGAUUGUGAAAAACAUGUUGAUGUUAUAACUAACCAAGUGGAAAUCAAUUUUCGGAUACAAAUUUCAAGUGGGGAAUUAAUUCCAGAAAGUGUGAAAGAAAGCGCAUCAGAGUCCCAUACAUUACAAGACUUCUUCAAAUCAAAAAUAAAGUGUCACGAAACGUAUCGAGUCAUUUGCGUAAAUUGUGAUAAUCCGUUAUCAACCUGCCCUGAAACUUUUAACAGUGUUCAGGAAUAUUGUGACAGUUUUUCAGAUUUGUCAGAGAGUUGGUUUUGUCAUAAGAAAGUGACUCCCAAACACGGUCUUCAAAAGAAUACAUUGUACGUGAGUGAAACUUGUAUUUAUCUGCAUUCCAGUCUUUUUGAUACAUUCUUGAUUGAUACUUGCGAUGAAGAAAUAAAAUGCAAGACUUGCAGCUCCGUUCUGUCACGUGGUGGCAAAAAGGAUGACCUGAGGCCAUUCUAUGUAGACGCUGUUGCAUUGAAAAAGACUGAUUCAAAACCUUUUAAUUCAGAGAAAUAUUAUCAUAAAAUGGUCCUUUUAUCUUUGUGGACUAUUAUUAGUCAAAAGUCCUAUACGUGCCGAAUAUUAUUUCAAUCAAAAAUUGAUUGUACUGAUCAGUGCAUAUUGAUGUGGAUACCCCCCAUGAAGAUUGCAAAAUUCAAACUACAAUCUCCUCUUCUUUCUCGACAAUCUACUCGAGUAGACUUCUCUACUCGGGAUAUGUACCAAGUGCAAUAUUACGUGGGUCAACUCUCUUCACCUCUCGUCAAAAAGUGGAGCAAGGAUUUCAACGUUGACUUUUACAAAGUGGGAUCCUCUUUCCUAAACACUUUGAAAAAGGUUCUCAUUUCGAGUACUGAAUACAAAACUUCAACAGAUUUUUCUACUGGAUAUUUGCCAUGCAACACAUUGUAAACAAUUAAAGGUCUAUGCUUCUGA